AUGAAGAAGAUGGGUGAAAUAGCUCACUAUAAAAUCAAAACCAACGAGAUAUCGAUGCAUGUUGCAGAAAAAGGCGACGGACCUGUAGUUCUCCUCCUCCAUGGCUUCCCGGAGCUCUGGUUUUCAUGGCGUCAUCAGAUCACUCACUUAAGUAACCAUGGUUACCGUGUCGUCGCACCUGACCUCCGCGGCUAUGGCGAUUUUGACUCCCCAUCCUCUCCCUCUUCCUACACCUUCUUCCACAUAGUCGGUGAUCUCAUCGGCCUUCUAGAUCACUUUAAUCAACAACAGGUGUUUGUGGUGGGACACGAUUGGGGCGCAACCGUCGUAUGGCAUCUGAGUCUUUUCCCGCCAGAUAGAUUUAAAGGAAUCGUUUCUCUCGGUAUUCCAUUUUUUCCAAGAUACCCUAUCAAUCCAACUCACUUAUUCACCAAAUCGUUUGGAGACGAUUUCUACAUCUCUCAAUUCCAGGAAUCAGGAAGAGCAGAGAGGGCUUUUGCGAAAUACGAUUGUUUGACAGUAAUCAAGAAGUUUUUGCUGAUCAACCAUGGCGAUGUACCGGUAGCACCUCCUGGAAUUGAGAUUAUCUAUCACAUGGAAAUUCCUUCGGCCAUCAGAAAUCAUUCGAUGUCAAUUCUGCGCACGGGAGGUCGAUUCUGA